CACUCAAGGACUCGAAGAAGCUCCGAGAAAAGGCAAAGUGCAUCUUUGCUGGACGGUGUUGGCAACGAGGAGAAACCAACGGAAGAGAAGACCACCACCAAACGGGCAACCAGCCGCAAGCCCUCCUGCUUUUUGGAACACUCCGAACCCGCCCGCCUCCAGCCCGGACCCCCUCGAGGCGGGCGAGCGGCCGGCCACCACCCCUGCGUCUUGCACGACCUGCUCCCCCAUGAACUUGCCCAAACCCGAAAGCCUUCGCUCCACACCGCGGCGCAGCCUCCGGGGCUCCGACGGGGAGGACGGCGAGAUCGACAUCCUGGGAGAGGAGGAGGAUGAGGGCGAGGGGGAGGAGGACGAGGAAGGCGAGGCGGCGGAGAGCCAGCCGUUGCCAGGGCAGCUGCCCCCGCCGGGGACGCGGGAGGCGCGGCGCGGCGCGGGCGCGCUUGGCGGAGGGCUCCCCGAGGGCGGCGGCGCCCCGGCCGACGCCAAGUUGGGCCCCAAGUUCGGGGCGUCGAGCGGGUCCGCGGCGGCUUCCGCGGACGGCCCGCAGCCGGCGAAGCCCCCGUACUCCUACAUCGCGCUCAUCACCAUGGCCAUCCUGCAGAGCCCGCACAAGCGCCUCACGCUCAGCGGCAUCUGCGCCUUCAUCAGCGGCCGCUUCCCCUACUACCGCCGCAGGUUCCCCGCCUGGCAGAACAGCAUCCGCCACAACCUCUCGCUCAACGACUGCUUCGUCAAGAUCCCGCGCGAGCCGGGCCACCCGGGCAAGGGCAACUACUGGAGCCUGGACCCCGCGUCCCGGGACAUGUUCGACAACGGCAGCUUCCUCCGGCGCAGGAAGCGCUUCAAGCGCCACCGCCCGCCCCCGGGAGCCCACCUGCACCACCCCUUCCCCCUGCCCGCCGCGCCCGCCGCCCUGCACGGCCCCUACCCGGGCCUGCUGCUCGGGAGCCCGGCCCCGCCGCCCCCAGUGCCGGGGGCCUACCCCGCCGCCGCCUCCGGGAGCCGCCCGUGCGCGCUGCUGCACCCGCACCCCCUUCGCUACCUGCUGCUGUCGGCCCCGGCCUACGCCGAGACGCCCGGGAAGGCGCCAGGCGCGGACCCGGCCACCCCCGGCGCCCCCUCGGCCGUGCGGCCCUCCCCGGCCUCCCAGCCUUGGGAGGAGGGCAAGGGGUCGGCGGCGCGGCCGGGAGACGGAUGCGCCCCCUUCAGCAUCGAGAGCAUCAUGCGAGGGGUCCGAGGAGGAGGGGGGACGAGGGCCGCGCAGAGUCUGCCCCCGACCCCGUGGGGCUACUGCCACCUGCUGCAGCGCUCGUCGUGCCUGGUGCAUCACCGGGCGGCCACCCCUUUGCUGCACGUGUCGGCUGCCGCUGCGGCGUCCGCUGCCCGGACCGUGUUAGAGCAGCAGCAGCAGCAGCGGCAGCAGCAGGAGGACUGUACCAGCGGCCGCGCUCCCAGCGAGGGCGCUCUGCCGGGCCAGCACCUGUCCGCGGCGCGCCUGGGGUGUCCGCCCGGAGCGGGAGGCUCCAGGCCGACAGCGGUGGCCAGCCUUUCCGGCAGGGAGAGCAUCCUGCCGGCCUUCUGAGCAGCAUCCGCAACGCUGUCCUGGCGCUGACCCCGCCGGACACCCCUGGAGCCAAGCCGGGGGACUGCCCUUCGCGCCGCCUGCCCUAGCGCACGCCGCCCCGCGGGGCGGGGACCACGGGGGCGCGUCCGAACUCCGCGUCGCAACCACCACGAACUGGACCACGGUGCGCAUCGCUGCCGACUACGUACAGAGGAAAAGUUGGAUACUGUGCGGCCCCCCGGGCGUAACCUCCCGAUGGCGUCCACUCUCGCCCUCACUUUUCCAGCCUCCAGUUGUGGCUUCCAGGAUUUUUCCCAUUACCCAUUUCCAGAGUAACUGUGAACGUGAGUGGGACACUUUGUUCUGUUAUUUAAAAAAAGAAAAAGAAGAAAAAAAUAAAGAAAAUAAAUGCCCAAUGCACAACCUGUUUCCCCUCGUUGACUCCCUAGGAAUUGCAAAUAUUAUUCCCCGGUCAAGUGCAAAAUACUUGUUCUUUCUGUCUUCCCGAAAUCGAUGUGUAAUAUAGACUUUUAAUUUUAAAGCGUUGACUUCUAAUGUGUGUGUCUGAUGUGGAAAGAUGCUAAAAUUAAAGCUAGCUAUAUAGACUAAAUAAAAUGCUAAGUCACCGCACCAUA